UGGAAUGGGCUCAGCUAUAGGGGACAGGGCUUGGAUUGGCUCUGCUAGAGGGGACAGAGUAGAAUGGGCCUUGCUAUAGGGGCUGGAGGCUGGGAUGGGCUUUUCUGUAGGGUAUCAGGGGGAUAAGCUCUGCUAUAGGGGCUGAGAUGGGCUUUUCUAUAGAGAACAAGGGGCCCUGCUAUAGGGAAUGGGGGGAACAGGCUUUGCUAUAGGGGACAGGGGCUCUGCUGUAGGGGAUGGGGCUGGGAUUGGCUCUGCUAUAGGGGAGAGGGGGGAUGGGCUUUUCUAUAGGGGACAAGGGGCUCUGCUAUAGGGGACAGGGCUGAGACUGGCUCUGCUGUAGGAGCUGGGGGCUGGGAUUGGCUCUGCUACAGAGAACAAGGGCUCUGCUAUAGGGGAUGAGGAGGAUGGGCUCUGCUAUAGGGGACGAGGCUGGACUGGGCUGUUCUAUAGGAGAAAAGCCUUUGGCGCCCCCUAUAGGCCUGUAUGGGGGGAAUAAAUUCAGCCCUCUGCCCCACAAGAUGGCGGCCGCACGCGGGGAACGCUGGGAGUUGUAGUCCCGCCGUCCUCCAGUUCUCCGGUAAGGCAUGGCGCACAGGACUACAUUUCCCAUCGUCCCCUCCGCCGCCAGGACAACCGGCUUCGAUAAGAUGGCUGCCGAGUGCGGUGCAUUGUGGGAGUUGUAGUGCAGGCGUCCACAGUAGCUUAUUGAGCGAGGCGGACUGGGACUACAUUUCCUGUCGUGCGCCGCGCAAGCUCAGCGGCCCCGCCCGCAGCCGGAAGCAGAGGUGGGGGGCGCGCGUGGCGUCGCCCUUUUGCGUUUUGGAGUCCGGGUGCUCGGCCGCGGCGGCAGCGAGAGCGACGGAGGGAGAAAGAGGCGGCUAGGAAUCCCCGACUGGGCCCCAGCGGAGCCGGGGUGAGGAGAGGCGCCCGCCAUGUACAAUGGGAUAGGGCUGCCGACGCCGCGGGGCAGCGGCACCAACGGCUACGUCCAGCGCAACCUCUCGGCCCUGCGGCACAAGAAGGAGCAGAGGGGGGGCAGCGGGGAGGCCCCCCCGGGCGAGGAGGAGCUGCGCAGGCUGGAGGCCAGCCUGGCCAAGAAACCCAACCCCGAGAUCCUGGACCACCAGCGCAAGAGGAGGGUGGAGCUGAAAUGCCUGGAGCUCUCCGAGCUGAUGGAGGAACAAGGCUAUGCCGAGGGGGAGAUCCAGGAGAAGGUGGCCACCUUCCGCAUGAUGCUGCUGGAGCAGGACGUGGCGCUGGGCGAGCCGACCGACCAGAAACCCACGGUGACCGAGACCCACCAGGUGGCGGAGGCUAACGAGAAGAAGAACGAGCGCUUGCGUGCGGCCUUUGGCAUCAGCGAAUCCUACGUGGAUGGCAGCUCCUUUGAUCCCGCUCGCCGCGCCAAGGAGGCGGCGCCCCCAGAACCCCCUAACCCUAUCAGUGCUGCGCGAGAGUCGUCCAGCUCCCGCUCGCCAUCGCCCAAGCAGAAGAAGAAGAAGAAAAAGAAGGAUAGGGGCAGGUCUGCCAGUCGCUCCGGGGAGAGAAAGAAGAGCUCGAAGAAGAAAAAGCACAGGACUGAGUCUGAGGGCAAGAAGCGGAAGCACCGGUCUCCCAGCCCCAAGGCCAAACACAAGGCCAAAGAGAAGAAGCGCAAGAGAUCCACCAGUGAAUCGGCAUCGCAGAAGAGCCGCCGGGAGGAGCGCUCCACGUCCCCGGCCGGCUCCUCCUCGUCCUCCGCCUCCUCCCGCAGCCGGUCCCGCAGCGCCACCGCCCCGAAGCCCCCGACCCCCACCGUCGGCCGAGAAAAGGAGGAACCGGCUCCGGCAUUGGCACAGCCGGGCCUCGCUGCCACAUCGGAGGGAGCGCCGGAGCCGGAGCCGCAGCAGCCCCCGGCGUCCCCGCCGGCCGCCCCUGCCGUCGAGGAGUCCCAACCGGCGGAGCCGCCCGUGAGCGCAGCGGCACCCCCAGAGCCGCCCCCUGCUGCCGCCCCCCCCGACCCCCCGCGUGCAACCUCACCCACCCGCCACUCACCCUCCCCGCUGCCGGAGCCGCCGCCGCUGCUGCGCCGUGCUACGUCUAGCCCGUCACCACCGCGGCGCCCCAAAACUCCCCCGGCUCCGGCAUCGCGGCGUGACCGCUCCCCGUCUCCCCCAAAACGCUCCCGCACCCGUCGUGACCGCUCCCGUUCCCGCUCGCCACCUGGCACUGGUGGGAGCCGCCGUGCUCGCUCACGCUCGCGCACACCACCGCGCCGCCGCUCGCGCACCCCACCACGCCGCCGCUCCCGCAGCCGCCGCCGCGGUCGCUCCCGGUCCCGCACGCCGCCCCGGCGCCGCUCCCGGUCCCGCACGCCGCUCUGGCGCCCCAACUCCACCAGCCCCAUCCGCCUGCCGCCACGAUCGCGGUCUCGCACGCCACCGCGCCGCAAUAAAUCGCGCUCGCCCACACGCCGCGGCCGCUCCCGGUCCCGCUCCCCUCGCCGCGCUUGGUCUCGCAGUCGCACCGGCGGGCGCUGGGGCCGCUCGCGGUCACGCUCCCCAAUCAGGCGCCGCUCGCGAUCCCGAUCCCCGGUGCGCCGCCGCUCCCGCUCCACGCGGCGCCGCUCCCGCUCCACGCGGCGCCGCUCCCGCUCCCGCACGCCUCGGCGCGGCCGCUCCGGUUCCACGCCACCACGUCGCAGCCGCUCGCUCUCCUCACCAGAUCGGCGUCGGCGUGGGCGCGGCUUAGGCCGGCGCAGCCGUUCUGACUCGUCUCGGCGUGGCGGGCGCCGUAGCCGCUCACUCUCCUCCCCACGGCCCAAGAAGCGGGCGCGCGCCUCAUCCCGCUCGCCCUCGCGCCGGCGCCGCCGCAGCUCCACCGCGUCCCCUGCGCCGCGCAAAGCCAAGAGCCCCUCGCCCUCCCUGUCGCCCCCCAAGACUAAGGCCCCCACCCCUCCUCCUGUUCUGCCCGCGCCACCGGCACGCCCCAAGUGGGUGCCGAUUGCUGAGCUGCACCCGGCAGCACCGCAGCCCCCACCCAGCCUCGCCAAACCCAACGCCGAGACCAAGCCAGCAGCGCCCAAGUGGGUGCCGAUCGGCGGAGCACAACCUGUCCCCCCAGGCACCGAGGCAGCUGCCACCCCUGUGACACCAGCAGCGACGCCAGAUCCAGCUAAAGCAGCUGCUGAGGGGAAGGUGGCGACGCCUGUCAACACCGAAGCCACCUGCGGCGUCAAAGCGGCAGCGACUAACGAGGUGAAGCCGGCUGCUCCGGCGCAGCCCAGCGUCACCAAAGCAGCGGCUGCGACAGAGGCGAAGCCGGCAACUGCGGUGCAGCCCGGAACCACGAAACCAGCAGCUGCUACAGAUGCGAAGCCAGUGACUGCGGCACAGCCGGCUGUUACCAAACCAGCGCCUGUUACCGAUACAAAGCCAGUGCCUGUGGCCCAGCCUGGAGUCACCAAACCAGUGCCGCAAGCGGAGGUGAAGCCGGCACCUACAUCGCAAACCAGUGUCACCAAACCAGCAGCACCACCCCAAAUGGCACCGCAGCAAAACCUCGGCAAACCAACGGCAGCAGCUCUGCCGUCGCCACCCAAACCAGGAGUUGCCGAGAUGAAACCAUCGGCACAGCUGGGCGUGAAAGCAGCUGCGUUGGCACAGCAGAGCUCGGGGAAGCCACCAGGAACACCGCCGGCAGCUGGAGUGCCCAAAGCUGCACCGGCCACUGAGGUGAAAGCGGCUCCACCGCAAAGCCCCAAACCAGCGCCCACCGUCGAGGCAAAACCAGCAACUCCGGCAUCCCCGAAUGCUCCCAAACCUGCGCCCUUGGUGUCUCCGAACCUGCUGAAGUCGGCACCAGCUGCCGAAGCAAAGCCAGCAAUGCCGGCCCAGCCACCCGCCACCAAACCAGUGCCCGCCGAGGUGAAAACAGCAACGCCAGUGUCGCCGUCUGGUGUCACCAAACCAGCUCCAAUCGCUCCACCAACGCCGACCGUCACCAAAUCUCUAGCACCCUCACCGCCUGCGCUAAGUCCGUCCAAGCCGGCGCCUACCAGAGCCGUGCCGAAUGCCACUGGCAAACUGGCCACCCCACCACCACCACCUCCGGGCCUGCCGCGCGUGCUGAGUGCUGGGCUACGCACCGCCGCACCGGGAAAGCUGCUGCCGGCCUCGCGCCUCAGCCUCCCAUCCUCGCCUGUCGCUGGCUCAGUGCUGCCACCCGCCAGCCAUGCCAAACCGCUGCCGCGCCUGCUCCCUGCACCCAAACCGCAGCCGCUCGUCGCCACUGCCGCCCCACGCCCACCGGAGCAGCCCCGUGGGCCCUCGCCCCCACGCCUCAGCCGCGCCACCGACACUGCUGCUACCCCACGCCACGAGGACGAGGCCGGGCAGCCGGUGUCACCGCCGGUCCUGGAGAAGAUGGCGCCGGAGCAGCCGGAGCCACCCAAGGGCACUGAUGCCGUCACUGUGGCCAACGCCAUCACCAAAGCCACGGUGGCCGCUGUCACUGGAGGCGCUGCUACAGUCGCCACUGCCCUGAGUGUCACCAGUGCCACCACCAAGGCCACUGUGGAUGCCAAGGCUACCGCGGGCGCUGCUAACACCAUAGACGCCACCACCAAGGCCAGUAUGGAUGUCCCCAAGGCCACUGUGGCCUCUGCCACCGCAGAUGUCUCCAAGGAGGUCCCCAAGGCCACUGUGGCCACUGCAGGUGUCACCGUGGCUGCCAGUGUGGUCACCAAGCCCGUUGUCACCGCUGCUGCUGCUGUGAAUGCUACCAUUAAGGUCGAGGCCGUCAGUAGUGCCACUGGUGCUGCUGCGGGGGCCGUUGUCACCAGUGUCACCAGUGGUCCCAGUUUCACCGCGGGCUCUGUUGUCACCGCAGGCGCCAGUGCCACCACCAGUGCUCCCAGUGUCACUAGGGCUGCUGUGGACUCCAGUGCCGCCGCCAUCGCCACCAGUGCUCCCAGUGUCACCAGGGCUGCUGUGGAUUCCAGUGCCACUCCCACUGUCACCAGUGCCGCUCCCGUGGCCGCCAGUGCUCCCAGUGUCAUUAGAGCUGCUGUGGACUCCAGUGCUCCUACAGUCACCAGAGCUGCUGUGGACUCCAGUGCUCCCAGUGCCGCUAGCGCCACUUCGGCCACCAGUGCUCCCAGUGCCGCCACUGUCACCAUCACCCCUGUGGGCACCAGUGCUCCCAGUGUCACUGUGACCCCUGUGUCCACCAGUGCUCCAAUUACUUCCAGUACCAGCGGUGUCACCGUGACCCCCGUGACCACCAGUGCUCCCAGUACUCCCAGUCUGAGCAGCAUCACCGUGACACCUGUGGACACCAGUGCUUCCAGUACUGCUAGCGUCACCGUGAGCCCCGUGGACACCAGUGCUCCCAGUAUUCCCAGUACUGGUAGCGUCACUGUGACCCCUGUGGACAGUAGUGCUCCCAGUGUCAGCAGCAUCACCGUGACCCCCAGUGCUCCCAGUACCACCUGUGUCCCUACGCCCCCCGCAGACACCAGUGCUCCUACUACCACCAGCGAUGGCCCCGCUCCGAUGGACACCAGUGCUCCCAGUACCACCAGUGACACCGCCUCCCUGUUGGACACCAGUGCUCCUAGUGCUGUCCCUGCCCCGGAGAAGCAGAGCUCGUCCUCAUCCUCAUCAUCCUCCUCUUCCUCCUCGUCCUCGUCCUCCUCUUCCUCCUCCUCCUCUUCCUCGGAUUCCGACUCCGGCUCUAGCUCCUCUGAGUCGGGGCCCCCCUCGCCGGCUGCGCCUGAUGCCACCACCACAGAGUCUGUGCCGCCGGCUUUGCCGCCCUCAGCGCUGACUUCAGACACGACCACGCCUCCCUUGGCCUCGGCGCCCUCAGAGCCAUCGGUGCCUGCCGCGGUGCUGCUGACGGCCGAAUCCCGUGAAGGCCGUUCCCGCCGCAAGCGCCGCCGCUCCAGCUCCUCCUCUUCCUCCUCCUCCUCCUCUUCUUCUUCCUCCUCUUCCUCCUCCUCCUCUUCCUCUUCGUCUUCGUCUUCUUCCUCCUCCUCCUCAUCCUCCUCCUCUUCCUCUUCCUCCUCCUCCUCCUCCUCUUCAUCCGCUGCCUCGGCUGCUCCAGCUCCUGCUGCCAAAGCCUCACGGUACAUGGAGACCCCGCAACCCCCGCCCACCACCCAAACCCCGCCCACUCCUAACCAAACCACACCCACCUCUACCCAAGCCACGCCUGCUCCCAUACAAUCAACGGUCGCUCAGGCCGCGCCCACUUCCUCUCAAACCACGCCCACCGCGGCGCAAACCGCGUCCAUCCCAUCGACAACACAGGCGGUGACCACGCCCACAUCUACUCAAGCCCAGCCCCUUUCCACCCAGGCCACGUCCACGUCCUCACAGACCACACCCACGUCCUCCCAGGCCACGCCCACCACAUCCCAGGCCACGCCCACGUCGCUGUUGUCGCUGACGCCCAAGGGUGGCUCGACGCCGCUGCCCCGCCUGCCCGGCUCCCUCUUGGCCCUCCCGGCUGCCCGCGGGCUGCGCCCCUCACCGCGGCCCCCGGGUUCCCUGCUGGCCCUCACCCCGCCACGCGGAUCCCCACGAGGCCCUUUCCCUCUGCUCAGCGCUCGUGGCGCCUUCGCCCGUGCCGCCUCCCCGUUCCUGGCCACGCCGGCUCGCGGCGGCAGCUACCCCCGCACCCCAAAUUCCUCCCCGUUCUUCCAGCGGGGCGGGAGUGGCAUCGGGAGCGGUGGUGGUGGGGUGUGUUCUUUCCCAACCGGACGCUUGGGUUCCUGCAUCCAUCGUUUCCAGGGAAACGUGGGGAUGGGGUGCGCCGGACGCCUGGGUGGCUGCCUGCACCGUUUCCAUGGUAACGGUGGGUUGGGCUGUAGCGCCGGGCGGGUGAAUCCCUGCAUCCAUCGCUUGGGAAGCGGCACCGGGUGUUGCUACCACCGUGCCGGCGGCUCCCCUGCGCCCCAGCGCUCCCCGUCCCCCUUUGCCAUCACCCCGGCCAUGGCCUCUCGUAUGGCCCAGUAUGGCACCACCGGCUCCCAGUACAAUACCGGCACUUCCCAGUAUGCCCAGUACGCAGCGGGGAGCUCUCAGUACAGCGUCAAUGCUGCCCAGUACGGUGUCGGCGCCGCCGGUGCUCAGUACAGCUCCCAGUACAAUGCCCAAUAUGGCACCGGGGCACAAUACCAGUAUGCCCUCAGCUCCCAGUAUGCCACCGGCACAGGCACUGCCCAGUAUGCCCAGUACGCCCAGUAUAGUGCCCAAAGCGGGGACGGCACCCAGUAUAGCGCUACAGCAGGAGGGGACACCACCCAAUAUGCCUCCACCGCCGCCCAGUAUGCGGCCAGUGCCGCCCAGUACGCAGCCUCAGGGGCUGGCGUGGCAGCCAAUGCGGCGGUGGCAGCAGCAGCCGCCGGGACGGGGACGGAUGCCUCCCAGUACGCAGCUCAAACUGGGGCCCAGUACAGCACCACUGGGGCUGGUGCUACCUGGGGGGAGGUGGCCCAAGAGGCCACUUGGAGCACGGGGACGGUGGCCAGCGGCACUGGCACAGGGGUGACCUGGGGGUCCUGGGUGUCCCCUGCCCAAUAGCACCCACACUCUGCCCCACACAUUUGGGGCAGCCCCAGGGCCGGAGACGAAGGCAGAGCUUUCACCCCCACCCCCUUCCCUCCCCACCCCUCCCCCGAGUCCCAGAGGAGGUGAGGAGCUGUGGGGUGGAGCCGUGGGGAGAACGAUGUGGA